AUGGUAGCCCCCGUCACCCCUGAAGAGGAAACGGAAAGCCAGGAGACCCAAGGGGAAACGGUAGGGCUGGAACUCGAGGUGAUUCAAACGGAAACCCAGGAAACCCAGGUUGCCCCUGAAAAGGAAAAGGAAACCAGGAGCCACGAAGAGUUGUUCCGAAUGAGGAAACGGAAUGCCAGGAAACGCAGGUUGCCCCUAAAGAGGAAACGGAAAGCCAGGAAACCCAGGUUGCCCCUGAAAACGGAAAGCCAAGAAACCCAGGUUGCCCCUGAAAAGGAAACGGAAAGCAAGGUGACCCAACAGGUUCCCCCUAAAGAGGAAACGGGAGGUCCGGAAAUCCAGCAGUACUAUACCCAAGAGGUUGCCCCCGUCACCCCUGAAGAGGAAAAGGAAAGCCAGGUGACCCGAAUGGUUACCCCCGUCACCCCUGAAGAGGAAACGGAAAGCCAGGAGAUCAAAAAGGUUGCCCCUGAAGAGGAAAAGGAAAGCCAGGAGACCCGAAUGGUUGCCCCUGAAAAGGAAACGGGAAGCCAGGUGACCCAACAGGUUCCCCCUAAAGAGGAAACGGGAGGUCCGGAAAUCCAGCAGUACUAUGUGAUUGAAACGGAAAGAAACGGAAAGCCAGGAGUCCCGAGUGGUUGCCCCCGUCCAAUUCGCCCGAAGAUAGUGAGACCCCCAAGCUCCUUCAUUGAAGAGAAUGAAGGCGCCAUGUCCAACAGUGGACUUUUCAAGGCCGAAUGA